AUGGUCUCAGUUCCUAGACCACAUGUGGACCCAGCUGCCAUCGCAAGGUUACGUCCUACCGCUCCAGUUGUCAGAAACAUUCGCCGUGAAGUGAUCUUACCGCCCCGAAUGAAGAAGCUCAGCGCAAUCUCAACGGUUUCGAUUCGUCCACCGAUCUCUUCAUUAUGCGUCAUCAAUUCUCCCGAACAGAAGAAGACGAUUGAAGAUUCUGAAGAAAAGAAACCGACCCAAAAGAGUCCUUCUGAAGAGAAAGCAGUGGUAGUUGUCACUCCGAAACGUCAAAGCAUCUUCUCAUCUAAGUGUAAAGGGGAACCAUCGGGCAAAAAAAUCACACAUGAGAACGUUGCUCGAGCUGGCUCAUUACGCAAGCAUCAAGCUGGUACAGUAGGCUCAAAGUAUCCUGGACGAAAAUCACUUGUGACAGUCGAAGAGGGUAGUAUGAAGGGCAAAGGCAAUACAUUUACCUCAAGCACACGUAAUCUGAUCUCAAGUGGUAGAAGAUCAGUCGAUGUUACAAGAACGAGUCGUGGGCAACCCUUUCAGACCAAUACUGACAUCAAGCGUAGUGCUAGUGUCAAAAGCCCGAAUCUUUCCAAGAAUUUAGAUCCGUGUGAUGAAUGUGAUUGA